GCCGCGCAGGCCGUGACCGGCGCCGAGAAGCGGCGGGGACCUUCCGGCCGGGCCCGGGCGCCCAGGAAGCCGGCGCGGGAGCGCGAGGCGGCGCUGCCCGUGGUCCCUAGGGGCAGGCCCAAGUCCGGGCGCGUGUGGAAGGACCGCGCCAGGAAGAGGUUCUCCCAGAUGGUUCAGGAUAAGCCCCUGCGCACAUCCUGGCAGCGCAAGAUGAAGGAGCGGCAGGAGCGGAAGCUGGCCAGGGACUUCGCCCGGCACCUGGAGGAGGAGAAGGCCCGUCGCCGGCAGGAGAAAAAGCAGCGCCGGGCUGAGAACCUGAGACGCCGCCUGGAGAAUGAGCGGAAGGCCGAGGUGGUGCAGGUGAUCCGCAACCCUGCCAAACUCAAGCGGGUGAAGAAGAAGCAGCUGCGCUCCAUUCAGAAAAGGGACACACUGGCCCUGUUGCAGAAGCAGGCACCGCGGCAGGGGGCAGCCGAGGCCUGAGCGCAGGAUUCCUGGCUUCACGGACACAGCCUUCUCGGGCCACCCAGCGGAGGCCUCUGCCAGCACCAGCACUCGGCCUUAAGGACUCCUGGCCUCUGAAGACUCUGGAGGGUCCAGGACUGGGCUGUGGUGGUGCACACCUGUAACCCCAGGGAGGAUCAGCUGACCCCUCCGUCCUUCCCAAGUGCCUGCCGCCCGGUCCCCCGUGUGCCCGGGCCCC